AUGGCCCGUCAAAAUUUCAUUGGGAUGGUCAUCUCUCAAGGUAAGAUGCAAAAGACAGUAAAAGUACGUGUAGAGACUAAAAUUUUCAAUAAGAGAAUUAAUAAAGAAUUGAUUCAUAGAAAGGAUUACCUUGUUCAUGAUGAAGCUGAUAUUUCACGUGAAGGUGAUUUAGUGAGAAUUGAAACAACUAGACCACUUUCAAAACGUAAGUUUUUCGCAAUAGCUGAAAUUUUGAAAAAUAAAGGUCAGCAAUUUGCUAAAUUUGAGAAAGAAGCAAAGAUUAAUGUAGCUAGAGAAGAAGCAAGUAAAUCUGAAAUUUUCCUUGAAAGAAGAAAACAAAUAGAAAAUGAAAAUUUAUCUUUAUUGGAAGAUAUAAGAAGAAUUCAAAAUUGCCUAAAUAAAUCAGGAUCACAAGAAGAAUUAAAAGAGAUUAAAGAAAAAUAUGGUAUUACCGAUUUUUCUAAGGAUACAGUUAAAGAAUUAUUAAAAUUAAACGUAUCAUCAAUACAAGAAGAUUUAAUAAAAGAACGUUCUGCAAUCGAUUCAAUACAGACAAAAUUACAAGAACUUGUUACCAAUGAUACAUUGGCAAAUCAAUUUCUAACAGAAAAAGGUGUCGAGGAACCAGAAGAAUUGAAGAAGAAUAUAAAGAAAAAUAUUUUAAGAAAGUACUUACUUCAGGAUCAAACUCACAAACAAUCUCAACCGCAGUUAUGA